AUGUCAACGGCUAGUUCAAGUGGCGCUUGGAAAUCAGCUGAUGUGGUCUCUGACCAGUUCCCUGUGGGUUUAAGAGUCCUGGUGGUUGACGAUGAUCCCACUUGCCUUAUGAUCUUGAAGAAGAUGCUUAGAACUUGUCUCUAUGAAGCCUGCCUUGCCUGCCAUCCUUCUCCCACUUCCAUAUCUUCAACUUUUUCAAUUGAAGCAAAAGACAGAUUCACCAAAAAGCAGAACCCCAAUUGCCAGCAAAAAGAACUCCAAUUUCGAGCAACGAGGACACCAAUGCUAGGCAUCUCCAGUUACUUUGUUGCAGGGGGAAACUGGGGUUGUGAUUUUGGAAACAAUUGGGAGAAAAUUGGCAUGCUUGAAUGGAAUGAAAUUUUCAGACCCCUAGCCUAA